AUGAUGUUUUUCUCAGAUGCACGCACUUGUGUCUUAAUAUUACUAGCCGCAUUCACCCGUCACGCCACCGCCAACGCCGACAAAAUCAUCUUCACAGGCCCCGAGCCCAUCACCUACCCUUUAGCCUCGCCGUCCCUGGCCGAUCUCAACCUUGACGUUAUCGGCCCCGCGAGCCUGUCCAUCCGCACCAGUCUCAGUCGCAUCUUUCACAAUGAUUCGGAUCCAGAGCUUCGAGGCAAGCCGCACGGCCGCGCGAGCUGGUUCAUCCUAGACGACCUCACCCCGGGCCAACGAUACGAGCUGCGCGUGUGCUGGGCCGCCAUUGAGCCCACGGAAUUCACCAUGAAUGUGUAUGAGCUGGACAAGGUCUGGGAGACACCAGAUCUCAUGCUUUCCCUCGCCAACUACGCCUCCACGCGCCAAGUCGACACCGAGGACACCGAGGACACCGAGGGCGUAAAACCCCAAAUUCAUCAUCGAACCGGCUCUUCCACAGACGCCAAAGAGCGAGAAGCAUCACUCCUCCUCCUCCAGGUUCACGCCGCCGCCGACUACUUCUCCCACCACCAGGAGCUUAUGCGUAACCCGCCGCCCGUCCUCGUGGAUCUCAUCCUGGAUCCGUACCUCUUCAACGUGGUCCCUGAGUCCCUGAUCUUGACGGCCGGAUAUAUUGUCAUUGUCGCUGUGGCGACGUUUUUUCUUGCAAGAUGGAUCGCUAACCGCAUGACCGCCAUUGCUGUGACCGAAGACCGGGGAUCAAAGAAGAGAGAUUAA